AAGUUGGGGAAGAGCCGAGCGAAAAUUGAGGGAUGCGAAAGAAGAGAGAGAAGAAGCGAACGAAAAAGACGACCAAUUCAGCUCGAUCAAUUCCCCAAUUCAACGCGACGUAGAAGAAGAGAGGUGUGGGAUUGGUGUUACCUGCGCCGCCUUCUGAAAGCGGCGCCCCGGCAUCGACUCGUGGACAGAGGUUGCCGCCGCCGCCGUUUCUUGUAGGUCGUGCAGAGGCUAGGCUUCACGAUCUCGAUCUGCUUCCCGGAUUUUCCCUUGAAAGGCACUGUUACCGCCUACAUUGCCAUUGAGGGGCUGCGGAUCGAGUAUAAUAUUUGUGAGCAAAGUGUUCACUAAAAGAUGCCAGUGCCGCCGCCGCCAACGUUGCAGCUACAGCCUCAGCCAACGCCAUCACUUUCAGGGACAAAGAACUCUCGGAUUGACCUUGAUGACCUUAAAUCUCAUAUAGUGAAACGGAUUGGCCAGGACCGUGCUCACAGAUACUUCUGGGCUCUAAAUGGUUUCUUGUUGCAGAAGCUGAGCAAGACAGAGUUCUACAAAAUCUGCGUUUCGGUACUUGGUAGUGAGAAUAUCCCCUUGCACAAUCAGCUCAUUCGUUCAAUCCUUCAGAAUGCCACUCAAGCAAAGACACCUCCACCACUUGAUCGUGGCAAGUUUGCCCAAAAACAAACUGGGGAUGUGUCAAAGAAAUUACUUCAAGUGGAUGAUGUUUCAAAAGCUCCUUCACUAGUGCUCCAAACUUUGUCCAAUGGGGACAUAUUGCCACCAUCACCCAGAAAAUUCAGGACUGGCAUUGAUAUUUGCAGGACAAAAGACUGGCCAACUCCUCUUGGAACAAGUCCAAGAGCUGAUGUUGUUACACAUCAGCCUUCAAAGCCACGUGGUGAGACUGUUUCAACUGAAAAUGGUCAUUUGAAGUUUUCCAAGAGAUUAUUGCAGCAACAGGAUGCUAACUCUUACCGGCCAGCAACAAAGAAGAGGAGAGAGGGGACACCUCUGCAUGACUGGAGUACUGUAGAUAGCAAUCCACAUGCAGAAGCAGCACCCAUAGGAGUUGAGAAGAACACGGGCCAUUCAAGUUAUUUGGAUCCCUUCAGAGGCCCUCUUCAGGCUCCACUUGGGAUUUCUUUUUCUGCUGCAAGUGUUAGUAGGGCACGAAGGACAUUUUUCUCAGCGGGUACUUCUACCAGUGACAGUCAUUGGAGAAACCAUAAUUCUGGUGAACUAUGCCGUACUGAGGUUUUGAAGACAACAAUGUUGAAGAUAGCUGAAGCACAGGAUUUGGAAGCAGUAAAAUUGGAAUCAGCUAACGUUUUGAAUAAUGCUCUGGAUGCUUAUUUGAAACGGAUUAUUAGGUCAUGCAUCGAUUUGAAAGUAGGUAGAAAACAUGCAUCAGUAAAGCAGCUAAGUCCUAAUCUUCAACCUUAUACAAUGCACGUCAAUGGUAUUUGGCCAAGAAAUAACAUCCAUUUACCAGGUAAUGUUGAAUUUGUGGAAGCAUGUGUGAUUAGUAUGAACGAUUUCAAGUUAGCAAUGGAAUUAAACCCACAACAACUUGGGGAGAACUGGCCUUUGCUUCUUGAGAAAAUAUGUGUUUGCUCAUUUGAGGAGUAGGAGAAGUUAAGUCCAAUUCUCUGAUUUGCAAGAAAUUUUGGCACUUAAAUGUGCUUUAACUUUUAGGGCCCUUAGUUGGGUCUUCGAUAGCCAUCUAAGCUCCUUGGUCAAAACAUACAUCUUUUCUUUCAGUAUUGAAGAAAAAAUCUUCCGAAACCUGAUUGGCAACCUCAAGGAGGCCCCUUUCUAACACUCAACCAGAAGUCAAAUUCUCAUGCCACUUCAUAGAAGACUUUAAAUGAACAUUGCAGAAGCAUUCCCUUGAGUAUCUUCUGGAGUCGAUCUUCUGCAAGCUUACAAGUUGCAAGUCCAUACUUCCUCAAUUGCGUGGUUAUGUACUUUACAAUAACCUAAGGUGUGGUGUGUAAGCAAACAUUGGAAGAAGUUUCAUGGAAGGAACAACAAUGAAGUUUCCUUCUUUCGUUACUCCAAAGGUUACUCUUCAACUAGUUUUAUGUACAUGAACAUACCAUUAUUGUUUCUUACUAAGUUAUACGUAGUUGUUUAUUGCCAUGAUUAUACUUUUAAAGUAGCCUCAAGCUAUGUUGCACAGGCCAACAUUGCUAGAAGCUUUGUGAAUGGAAAAACUAUGAAGCUUCCUUCUCUUAUGACUCCAAAGUUGCCUUGAGCUAUGUUGCUUAUACAAACAUUGCAAGAAGCUUCGUGAAAGGAAAAACUAUGAAGUUUCCUUCUCAUAUUACUCCAAAGGUAACUUUUCAAUUAGUUUUAAGUACAUCAACUUAGUUUUAUUAGUUUAUCACACACAAAAAAAAACGCCUUUAUUAAUCAGAAAUGAAAGUUGUCUCUUUUUUCAUAUACCAGUCACGUUAACUAUGGUAUUGUUAGAAACAAGUAUGCAUUUGGCUUCACCACAUAAGUUUACUAUAGUACAAGGCUAAUUUACAUAGGCAUAUAACAUAGCAGCAUGCAUUUCCUUCAAAAAGAUAUUGUUGAUUAAUAUUAUGUGAGCUAGCCUUGUACCCAAUCAUUCCACAUAGAGAAUAAUCCUCCAUCCCUGCAAGAGGAAUUAAUCCCAUAAUUUGGGUAUAAAUAAUUUGUAGUAUAAAUCACACGGACCAAUAAAAUUAUUCUCUUUGUACCUUAAAAAUUAACAAUCCUAAUGAAUAAGUUUUGUUAUGUUAUUGUAUUUCAACUCAGACCGAGGUAAGUUAUCAUGCCCAGAAACUCUGACCAAUAUAAUCCAUUGGAAACUUUUUAAACAAGCUCCGAAUUAUUGGAUAUUUAUCACCAUGAAAUGCUUAGUUAACUUGAGUCCACUCCUUUUAUGGUAUCAGCCCAAUGGUUUCUCUUUUGCAUUGCCAAGUUAUUCACCAGAAAAGUGUGAUUAUGUAAAACGGUGCAAGACUGCUACAGAUGCUGGGAGGUAUGCUGCCUUUCUUAGUUGAUGAAGCAGGACCUUAUUGUGUGAACUUUAACGUCUCUCUAACUGUUUAUGAAGCCCCAUCCGAGUGUGAUAUUUCUGAAUUAGCCUCCUGCCUUUGGCACUGAUCUUGUGUGGGGUUCACUUCUCAUCAGUCGAGCUAGUAUCUAGAUGACCUAUGUAUCAAAAGGAAGCUAAGGAGCUAGUCGAUGACCAAAGAGUGCAAAGCUCAAAAUGGAGGCAGUCACUAAAAUUUAGCUGGAAAUAAAAGUCUUAUCACCUUUAUUUGGAGCCUCAUUGGCAAUGAAAAGAAGCGUUUUUUGGAGCUAGGAAUCUGGAGUCCAUGCAUUGAAAUUUGAAUUUUAAUGUUUAUGGUGAGAUCAGUGUUUUCCUCUGUUCAGUUGUUGCCUUGCAGGAGAAUGGAAUAUUGUAACUCAUGUUUGCUAAAUAUGCUACUAAUUGUUGCAUUUCUCUUUUUCUGAUGAGAGCAACCAUUUUAUA